GAGCAGCAGCCAAGAGACGGGCAACGGCGAGAGGAGAGUUUCGUGCUGGUCCGAGAGAGUUUGCAAGUGCUUGGCGACGAAGUGCGGCUCACCGACACACGCGAAGCCGACGAGAGCUCCCCCAAGCUGGCGAGCACCUUUGCAGAACUGCGGGGGGACCCGGAACAGGCGGCAGGGCUGCGCAAGGAUAUCCGCAGCUACAAAAGGGUCAAGGAUCGCGUCCGUGGGACGGUGCAUCAGGCCUGGGCUAUGCAGCAAAGGCUGCAGCCUUGUGUUGGCGGCGCUGGUGGUGCCGAGAGGGACUGUGUGCAGCAGCAUUGGGACGUUGCCUGCCCUGCGCGAGACUUCGCCCUCCUCCCUGCGUACUUGGGCGGGUUGGGCCUCGCCCAAGCUGCCCCUGCUACGGCUCCCGCUGCCGUUGGCACCGGCCUUGAGGUGAAGCGCCUGGCUGCGGACAGCGUUCGGACGCACUUGGUGGCCACCCUCGCCCGCCUCUGGGGCACUGGCGACUUCGUGUGCGAAGUCGGGCUCGCGCCGGGCCGCCGUGCUGCAGUGCCAAUUGUGCGUGUGCUUGAGCGGGCUGGCAACGGCGAGGCGAGGGCAUACCAGGGCAACCUGGGAGUCGUGGAGUGCAGGGAGGUUGUCCAAGGACUGCAAGUGCGCCUCGAUGAACUCCCGGGUCCCGGCUGCCAAGAAUUCGCCAAGGGCAACAACACCACGCUCUGCUAG